AUGUCUGAUGAUGCACCAGCAUUUUAUAAUGCAUGGUCAGCAGUAAUGGGACCUGCGCCAAACCAGUUGCUGUGUUCUUGGCAUAUACAACGGAACUGGUCUCAGAAUUUAAGGAGAAUUUCUGGGAGUAGUGAGAAAAAAUCAGUAGUGUUUAGUUCACUAAAGCGACUUCAGACUGAACUGGAUAUAGAUGUUUUUAGUUGUAGUCUGGAGAAAGUGGUGGAAGACUUAUUGAAUGAUCCGGAUACUGCAGAAUUUGGCAGGUACUUUCUUAAGAUGUACUGCCAGCGAGUGGAAAAGUGGGCGUAUUGUUUUAGGCACCGAUUGGGCAUUAAUACAAACAAUUACUUGGAGUCCCUACAUAAAGUUAUUAAAUACAGUUAUCUAGAAGGGAAAAAGUGCAGAAGGCUGGAUAAGUCAUUAAAUGCUUUGUUAUGUUUAGUGAGAGACAAAGUAUAUGAGGGCUUAGUGAAGCUCUCAAAAUGUAAACAGUGCUCUAGGGUGUCAAGAGUGAAAACAAGCCACAACAAUAGCUCAGCUAUAACAAAUGGGAUGAUUUUAUGCAGGGGUGAAGGAUUGUGGGAAGUGCUUUCUUCCACUGGUUGUGAAGUGUAUGUUGUUGUAAAAAAUUCAGAACUGACAUGCGAAAGAAAAUGUUCACUUAAGUGCAACACCUGCAACAUAUGUGUACAUUCGUAUAAAUGCAGCUGUUUAGACAACAUUUUAAAUUUUAACAUAUGUAAGCAUAUACAUGCAUGUGCCAAAUCAUUGUCUGGUGCUGUCCAGGAGAGUGAACAGUGUUCCUUGCCCUCUAGUGCAGACAAUGAAUAUGUGUCAGCAUUGCUUUCUGGCAAUUCAGAAAAAUCUGCUGACACAUUUGAACAGGAUGUGAUGUCUCACUGUGAAACUAUAGUUGCACUCAGCAAAGGAACACAGUGUGGACAGGAGACUAAGGCCAAAGUAUUGAAGGAUCUGAAGAAGAUCAUUGGUAAUCUUAAUAAAGAUUUUUCUUUCUCAGAAGAAAACACAGUAAAUGUGAAUGCCAAGAUUGAAUCUCAGGCUAGAUUUUUUUCCACAAAGCAGAGAAGGAUUUUGUGA